AUGGCAUCUCUGAGCAUCCUGAUAGUCGGCUGUGGCAUCGCAGGACCCACAUUAGCGUCCUUUCUGCUGCUCGCCGACAUCCCCGCAGCCCAAAAGCCUCGAAUAACCAUUCUGGAGCGCGAGUCUAACCAGAAGGCUCAUUUGCGCGGCCAGAACAUUGAUAUUCGUGGCGCAGGCGUGACCAUCAUCCGCAAGCUCGGAUUGGAGGCCCAAAUCAGAGCUUCAACCACGGGGGAGGAGGGGGUCCGCAUGGUGGAUGAGAGUAAUCGAAUUUGGACGGAGAAUCCAGCAGAUAGAACCGGUACUAUACAGACAGGAACAAGCGACAUAGAGAUUCUCAGGGGUAAGCUGGCUGAGCUAUGCUGGAAGAAUAGCCAGCGUAUUAGCGCGGAAGCACAACGCGAUGGCGCCGCUGGGAUCGAGUACAUUUUUGGUGAUUUUCUGGAGGAGAUCCAGCAGCACGGAAGCCAGGUGCAUGUGCGCUUUGCUAGGAGCCAGAAAACAAGAAGCUUCGAUCUCUUGGUGGGAGCAGAUGGCAUGCAGAGCAGGACGCGGAAGAUGGUUUGGGGUGAAGAAGGGGAAAGCAUCCGACUGAAGCGGUUGGGUAUGUUCGCGGGCUUCUUCAGCAUUCCGCGAGAGGAACACGAUGACAACUGGAGGCGGUGGUUCCAUGCCCCUGGGCGACGAGGCAUUAUGUUACGACCAGACGGUCUCGGCAUGAGGUCCACCAUCCUCAUGUAUGUGGUCAAUGAUAAGGAUCCAAGAUUCGUCGAUGUGGCGACGAAGAGGAGUGGCGGCAUUCAGGAGCAAAAGGCACUCUUGGAGGAAUACUUUCACGGCGCCGGGUGGGAGUGUGACAGAAUCAUUCGGGAAAUGAUGGCAACUGAUGAUUUCUACUACGAUGCGGUAUCGCAGGUGAAGAUGGACAGCUGGAGUAAAGGAAGGGUAGUGCUUCUGGGGGACGCUGGGUAUUGUGCAUCACCCAUUUCGGGUCUGGGCACAACGUUGGCUUUUAGCGCAGCAUAUAAACUAGCGGGUUACCUCCAACCCUACAUCAAGGGAGAGAGCCUAGACCUUUCAUGUGCCUUGGCACAGUACGAUGAGCAAAUGCGACCUAUUGUCGAGGAGGCACAGCAAUUGGCACCUGGUAUGCCACAUCUUAUUAAUCCCGAAACCGCUUGGGGCAUCUGGACCAUGAGAAGCCUCAUUCUGGCACUCUCCUAUACGAGGGCCUUCUUUUACAUCAUUAAAUUAUUCGGAAGAAUUCUUCAUCUGGGGCCUCAGGCAGCCGAUUACGUCACGGUUGAGGAUUUUGGUUUCAAGGAUAUGACAGUUCGGGAGGUGCGCAAUACAGCUGAGUAGAGGUAUGGGCAGGAUGACCGGCAUACAUUAUGCGAAUCCCUGUGUUCAAUGCUGUACUCCCAAAUGCAAGUGCAGCUGUGUUCCAGCAUUAGCUAUAUAACAGCUCCGAGACAAUGACUGGUUUACUCACCGGAGUCCGCACUAUCUGUGGUGAGCUGAG